AUGUACCACCGCCCCAUCCGGCAGGCGCGCCAUCGGCCGCGUGCGGAAACGGCCUGGCGGCGCGGGCGACCCCCGCAGGAUUUCGUUCCCGAUGGCGAAGACGAUCCCCCCGUUCGAUCGAUCGGGCGCGUCGGGGGCCGUCGAGAGGGCGGUGACGGGGCCGUAAAGCGAAAGCGUCUCGAAGAGGGCCGUCGGCGGGGCGAACGUCGAGGCAUUGCGCAUCGUAAUGUCCGCGCGAACCCGUUGUUGGGCCCUCGUGAGCUGUCUUUUUAUGAAAUCUUCUGUAGGGUGAGGGAGUCGAGAGAUCCGGUAAACCAGGGGGUAAAGAGCGUUUGA